AUGACAUCUCCCAAAAGACGGAUGGAAAAGGAUGUAAUGGAGCUCAUGAUGAGUGACCAUGAAGUCUCGUUGAUUCAAGAUUCUAUCCAGCAAUUCUUUGUCAUCUUUAAAGGGCCUGGCGACACUCCGUACGUCGGAGGUACCUGGAAGAUUAGAGUAGAAUUGCCUGACCAGUACCCCAUCAAAUCCCCUUCUAUUGGGUUCACCAACAAGAUCUAUCACCCCAAUAUCGAUGAGGGCUCGGGCUCAGUUUGUCUUGAUGUGAUUAAUCAAACCUGGCUGCCAAUGUUCGGGUUGUUGAACAUCUUUGAGAACUUCUUGCCUCACUUGUUGCGCUAUGCCAACCCCAGCGAUCCUUUGAAUACUGAAGCCUCGACCUUGAUGACUAAGGACGAGGCGAAGUAUACUGAUACUGUCAAGCAUUACGUACAGAAGUAUGCCAAGAAUGUGACACUCGAUGAUGACGAGGUCAACGGCAAAGAUGGUGAAGAUGACGAAGAUGACGAGCUCAGCGACGUAGGAAGCUUAUCGAGUGAUGACGAAGAAGAAGAAGCAGUGGGAGCACUCGAUUUGUGA